UGGCCCAUAAGCAGGGAGCUGGAUCAGCAGUGGAGCAGCCAGGAAUAGAACCAGCACCCAUGUGGAGACUGGAGCUGGAGGUGGAAGCUUCGCUUACUGUGGCAUGGCACAAGCCCUGAGAGAUUUAAUUUUUAGAUCGUUCCCUAAUUUUUCUAGACUCAGUUGCAUAACUAGCCUUACUAUAAUGAUAAAUUUUCAGUAAAUGUGUUGUCAGGGGGUGGUUAGGGAAAAAUAAGAACAAUUCAAAAUAAUGAAAUCAAUCUGAUCUAAUGAGGGUCGGUUAAGGGUGGCAUCAGCUGUGUGUCGUCCAGCUGAUAAAAAUCAGCUUCAGCUAGGCGUCCUUGAGGUCUGAUUACAGAAGAAAGGCUAGUCCACGCACACAACUAAAAUUGGUUUAAGAAAGCAAGCCGGGGCCUCCCCGAGCUUCAGGAAGCCGACCGGCGGGGGGAAAUGUUUUCCUCCUCAGUUCUCCCAAGCCAUGGCGCCGCCGCCCCGCAGAUUCCUCCCCUGGUUUUGCUGUUUUGCCUGCGUGUGCUUUCCAAUUAGUUCUGAUUCUCAGCCUCCUAGAGGAGCGCCAUGGGUCGCCGCCAACGCCGCCUCGGAGUCUGUGGCUGAGCCCUGGUCCUUGCUGCAGCCCGUGGGUGGGGGAGAGCACUCUGGCCUGCUUCCGCCUCUCUUCAGAGUGCUGUCUGUCAGGCGAGGGGCGGCCCCCAGGCUGCAGCCAGACUCGAGCGCGUUGCACUACAUGAAGAAACUCUACAAGGCAUACGCUACCAAGGAGGGUAUUCCUAAAGCCAACAGAAGACACCUCUACAACACAGUUCGGCUUUUUACCCCCUGGGUCCAGCAGAAGGCUCCUGGACACCAGGUGACAGGUUGGGCUCUCUCGGUGGACGUGCUGUUCAAGCUGGAUCGUGUGACCGCCGUGGAACUCCCGGUCAAGUCUGUCUUGUUGUAUACCCUCACCAGCGUGGUCUCCAGCACGGUCAGAUGCACGUGCAGCCUGCUGGUCAGGGAGCCAAGGCCUUCCGGCAAGACUCUGCGCCCACUUACCUUGAACUCACAGUUUGAAUUUCGGAAGAAAUACAAAUGGGCUGAAAUUGAUGUGACUCCCCUGCUUCAGCCUCUGAUGGCCUCCAGUGAGAGACAUGUCCACCUGUCCGGCAACUGCACCUGCGUGGCAGCCCAGCAGCAGCACCCUGCUGCACGUGAGGGUCCCCUCAACAUGACUGUGCUGGCGUCCCCAUCACUGAUCUUAUAUCUGAAUGACACAAGUGCCCAGGCCCAUCACCCAUGGUAUUCCCUCCCCUACAAAAGCAAACCUUCGCAAGGUCUCCACCAGCAAGGCAUGCCCGCUCGCCUGACAGGAGGGCAGGCUGCCAGGGUGGGCCGGUCCCUGCGGCAGCCGACGGGCCCUCGAUUGAAGCAGCCCCCUGCUCCAGCUUCCCUGAAUCUGAGUGAAUACUUCAAAAAGUUUGUUUUUCCCCAGAACGAGUGUGAGCUCCAUGACUUUCGACUGAGUUUUAGUCAGCUGAAGUGGCACAACUGGAUUGUGGCUCCACACAGGUACAACCCUCGCUACUGCAAAGGGGACUGCCCCCGGGCUGUCGGGCAUCGCUACGGCUCCCCGGUCCACACAAUGGUGCAGAACAUCAUCUAUGAGAAGCUGGACUCCUCGGUGCCAAGACCGUCAUGUGUCCCCGCCAGAUACAGCCCCCUGAGCGUCCUGACCAUCGAGCCCGACAGCUCGAUUGCCUACAAGGAGUAUGAAGACAUGAUAGCGACCAAGUGCACCUGUCGCUAGGCGUGUCCUCGCGCAGCCUGUUGAGUGACGCGCUCUGGGCCUGUUCAGACCCCUUGGGGAAAGCUCCCUGUGUCAGACCCCUCAACCUGUGUGUCACAUGAGGAGGAGCCCACCCGGGGCAGGCCUGCCCUGGCACUGGUCAGUGCUGAGGGUGUCCGUAGUUGGUGCUGGUGACCCUUUCCAGACGCGACUGAAUUGUAACUGUUCUGUAGAGGUUUGAUUUUUUUUUUUCCCCCCCACUCACACCCCUUGAGAGAGUAUUUUUGUUUUGUUUUCUUUCCAUAGAAAUCUUAAUUUUGAUGAGAAAAGGAAAUCUUACAGAAAUCUUGGUUGGAACGGCAGCUCUAAUUAGCCCUGAACACAGGAGUCCUAUUUAGUGGGAAAAUAAAUUCCUUGAGUGGCACAACUUUGGUGUUUUUAUGCAUGUGUGUCUUAUUGAAGAUGGCUCUUCCGUGAUAAUUCAAGAGAGGCGCUCAAGCUAGCCUUAGCUGAAUCUUCGGUCUUGUUUGUUUUUUCUUGCCAGAAAACGAGGCAGGCUAGCUUUUAUGCCGCAUCCUGAUGAAGUGAGACUUGCCAGGGCUAGAACACACAGCGUAACUGCUUCCGUUGUCUGGUGUGCUUGACGCACAGUAAGCAACUCGACUCAUUAACCACCUUGCACAAAUCAACCCACCCAUAGAAAAUAGCAUUUAUCCUACUCAUUUGAAAGAAACUGUUCUGCAGAUUGUUGAGAGAAAAGCUGAGUUUAAAACUUAGUAAAACAUGUUGUCUCCAUCUGUUUGAAACCUCUGACCUGAGAGAAUUUGGGGAUUUCGGUGGCUUAUCUGCACAAGUUGCCUUCCAGGUGGGCUUGGGCUCAUUGCUGCCACACUGAGCUGGCAGUGCCUGGUGGUACUCUUGGAGGAGCCUUCAGGAGACUGAUGGAGAAGCUGUUCAUGGUUGUCAGGGAUCUGUUGGGACAAAGUACAUGUGGGUUUGCAUCUUAUCUUCGCAUGAAUGUUUGGGAAGCAUCUUGAUGUGAGUUAUAAUGUAUGUCCUACCUUCAGCCGAGUUAGGCGUGGCAGUGGCUCUAGUUUGGUUUCUGGAAUGCUAAUCUGCAGCCCAAAAGUAACCUCUAAAUACCAGGAAUAAUUGCCAUUUCAUAUAAAUGAUCUUUUUUUGAUGCUAGCUUUUAGCUUUCUUAGAUAUA